AUGAGUUGGGCUUCAUCAAAAUAGUAGUAACCCUUAGAUGGAGCAUCUUCAAUUGAUGAGAACAGAGAAUCAUAAAAUAAUUUAUAUUUUGGGUUUUCAGUCUGGGAUGAUUAAAAAGUAGAAUAUGGGUAGAUAUCCUAAGAUCAAUCAUCUUUAAAUCAUCCAACCAAAAAUUAAUCGAAGCAAACUUUAUGCUUAUAUGAUGAUGAUGGAAGUAUUUUGAAGAAAUAAUCAUUUGAUAUUGAAGCAAUUCAUAAGAAUUUUAAAGUAGGAAGUCAUCUUCUAACAUGCUCUUCACCUUAUAUGAAUGAAGGUGAUUCACAAAGUAAUUAAGACAAAUUUAUUAUAAUUGAUGAUCAAAUUUCUCAAACACCUAUAAUAAUAGAAUAUAUAAGUAAUCCCAAUCCAAUUAUACCUACUUCUUCUUAAGCAGAUUAAUAAUUUUAUCCUAAAACUACCAAAAAUUAUUACAAAUGCAUACAUGGAGCUCUACAAAAAUUUAUGAAAGAUAUUCAAGACAAUAUUCAGUUUACUUGUAAAGCUAAAAAAUUUUUAGAGAGCAAUCCUAAAGUUUCUGGAAAAUUGAAAUUAAUAAGGUCAAUAAAGAGUUGUUAAUAGAUGAGGAGUAUAGCAAUGAAAUUUUUGUUAGAUUUUUAAUGGUGUAGAUACCUUGUGAAAAAUAAUAAAGUAGAUAUAGAAAGGUAUUUUAGAUUGAACUAAAUGCUUAUUUAACAAAUUUAAGAAUGA